AGAAGUUGUCGAAAUGUCGCCGGCGAGACAUAUUUCAGGGAGAACGUCCCGGGCUUCGAACUUCGUACACAGAAAUACAGAAAUACUUCAUAAGUGAGAUGUGAUACGUAUCUAGAAUCCUAGGUACCUAAUGAAGAGACGAGAUAUCCAGCUCUCGAUAUAUUCAUCCAGAAAACAAAACAUCGACUACCCGCCAGCUCGUCAGCUCGUCAGCUCAGGACAGCAGGAUUAUGGCCGAGGUUAAUAGGUUACACUUCAACGAAGAGGCAUCGACAUACGAUACCAAGCACGGCAAGCUUAAUGAGCGCCUGACCAAGGAGAUCCAAUCGCGGUUAGAUUGGAUCGGUGUCGAUUGGGCCAUUGUGGACGAUGACGACGAUGACGACGAGAAUGAAGGUCAUAGGAAGCCUGUCGAAGAAUCCAAAUCUACUCAAGAUAGGAACGAAGUGCGGCUUCUGGAUUAUGCCUGCGGCACAGGCAUGAUGACCAGAGCACUCGCUCCCUACACGACCCAAUGUAUCGGUAUCGAUAUAUCGGAGAAUAUGGUUAUGGCGUAUAACUCUCAAGCAGAGAACCAGGGUUUAUCCCGUGACGAGAUGUACGCUAUAGUAGGCGACCUCAUAGGGGCGGGCGGACCCCAGCCGUCUAAUAUCUUGGCAGAUUCGCGCCUCUUCGGCUUCGACAUAGCUACCGUUGGAGGUGGCCUCCACCAUUUCGCGGACCCGGAGCUAGCCGCCGACCGCCUAGUCGAACGUCUACGCCCCGGCGGUGUCCUGCUGGUCUGGGAUUUCCUGCCACACGGACCCAUGUCCGGAAACGCCGGAAAUCACGGAGUCAUGCACCACGGCCUCUCCGAGGAAAGGGUCCGGGCGAUGUUCGAGCGCGCCGGAGCGGGGCACCGCUUCUCCCUUGAGAUCCUUGGUUCCGGUAUAACGAUUGGUAUCGGUGGGCAUGGGGAGAAGGGUGUGGUAAGGAGAGAGAUUUUCCUAGCCAGGGGAGAGAAAGCUGUCUAAGUUAGGUACCCAUGUAACCGUCAUCGUGAUUCCAAUGACUCUAAGUUGUACGCACAGAAAAUGAAUACAUGCCGGUAUCAGAAUAACCACUACUCAAAUGCUCUUAGCUUAGCUCGUAAAAACCUAUCCAAGGUAAAUAACCAAGGCUUUUGCAUCUUGUG